CCAUAUAUCUGCGCUUGCUCUGCUCGCUCGGGAGUUGUAGCUCUCUAAGGGGGCCCAGCGUUUAGGGUUUACGGAGGUUGCAAGACGCGAUUGCCCCCGGGUUGCUCUCUUACGACCAAGUCGGCGUUCAUCCUAUAUACGUCCGCUGAAGUCAUUGAUCAGUACUCGCGAGAUAGCGGCGCCUCCUCUCCUCGACGCCUGCUUCACGGAUAUCGCUGCCAUUACGAACUCCUUCACGACUUCUACGCCUCAACGCAAUGUCCUCCAUGUUCAAGAAACUGAAGAAGUUCAUCGAUGCCGACCCGGACGCCCCCAAGCUGGGCCCCGUCCCAUUGCCAGAGGUCGAAGAUACGAUAGUAUACAGCAUGGUGCAGCAGGAGAAGCCGUCAAAGCCCAAGUGGCGAGACGAAUGCAUGUCCGACGGGGAAGUGAUGAUGAGACGGCCUCGGAAACCAUCGCUGAUAGCGAGGUCGUCGACACCUGCCCCAAAGCCGGUCAAGGCCGUGGUUGAUGUGCCGCCCAGACCUGCUGCGCCGAAGUCGACGAUGAUGGAUUGCAGGAUACAGUCUAUCAACCUGCACUGGUUGCUGCUCCCGUACGACUGCCGGAGGUCGCGCGGUCACCUUGAAUUCGACAUCACACAACGCAUCGACAGGAUUCGAUUAUGGCCCCCAAGAGGGAGCCCUCGACCGCUUACUGUGGAGGAACUCAACAAGCCCGUGGCGGAUCGAACGCUCACGAAGAUGGAUAUUGCGUGCAACCAUCUCCCGUGGUGUGUCCGAAUACGGCGUGAAGAGGGCAUACGCAUAGUGGAUGUCCUAGACGGAAUCCAGAAGACGUACUACCGCACGCUCACGGAUGCCGAUCGCGAACGGAUACCGCCACAGCGACUCCCCGCCUGCCAUCGUGCGUUCAAGCAUCGCUGUCGAACAGCGCUUGCCCUGCCUGAGGUAGUGGAACGCGAGGGCAUGCGGCGGGUAGAUAUGCUGGAGGGCAAGACGAUGUUCCUGGGAUUGAUCUGUCCCCCGCCGGACCAGAGUCAGUCUCAGUGGAUACUCCACAUGGGUAAGGCGAGGGAUUCAUCGCAUUGAACUAUUUUCACUAUUACACGAGCAUGAGGUGGCUCUUCUUUCUUCGAAUUCUUUGCCGACCAGUUCGGUCCACGGUCGUUGAAUCUGGUCCAGCAUGGCACUACGCAUUCUCAUUUCUCUCUUACGCGCACUACGUAUGGACGUCAGCAUUCCUCUUGUACCAUCACGCAUUAUCUCUGCAUAGUCCUACACACACUCGACCUGGCUGGUUCUUCCCUUUUCCGUAUCCCUAUCCGCUAUACACCCCUCUCCUAUCCUCACUCCCACUCACAUCCCA